AUGGCGGCUCCUAACAACAACAAACCAGACUGUUGGAGAGUUCCAGAGGUUUAUAAACAUCAUGAACAGCAGAAAGUAUGCAUUUCACGGCCAAAGUAUCGAGAGGGAAGAAAAGCGAAGUCAGUUAAAGUUUACACCAUUAACUUAGAGUCACAGUAUGUGAUGAUCCAAGGGGUCCCAGCUAUUGGGGUGAUGGCAGAGCUGAUCCAGCUGUGUGCUCUCUAUGGUGCUGUGGAGGAGUACAGGCCUCUGGACGAAUACCCCGCCGAGGAGUUUACAGAAGUUUACCUUGUCAAAUUCCAGAAACUCACCAGUGCCAGGGCAGCCAAACGACAGAUGGAUGAGAAGAGUUUCUACGGUGGUGUACUGCACGUGUGCUAUGUCCCAGAAUAUGAGACUGUGGAGGACACCAGGCUGAAGCUACAGGACAGGAGGAGAUACAUAAUGAGGGCUACUCGGAAUAUAGCAAAAGAAAGAGAACACAGGGAAGAAACGAAGAAGGAGUUCCUGCACUCAGGCACAGCAGCAACAUUAGAGACAGUCACUACAGCACAUGAUGAAAGCCUUGAUGACCAGCCAAAGGAGAGCUUCAACAGCAGCAACUCAUGCUUUCCAUUAUUACCUCUACCUCCUCAGGAAUAUCAUUAUCAAGGACUUAAAAAUCAGCAUAGGACUGCUCCAACAGAGGAUAAAAUGGGAACUUUACACAAUGCUUAUACUGACACAGAACAGCCAAGGCAGAGCCCGAGUUGGAGCCAAGCAUCUUCAGACCAAUAUAGGAGCAAAGAAUGCAAACUAAUACCAACUCGGGCUCCUGCAGUAAGAUUUGUACCAAGGACAACACAACUGGAGAUCAGGAAACGUAAGAUAGAUGAGGAUGAGGAGCAAUCACUGAUGGACGGCACUGAAAAAAAUCAGCCCUUUAUUGGACCAAAACUCCCGGAGCCACUUAAACUGGACAUGGAGGAUGAAUCACUGAAUACAACUGUCAACUUGAUCAGGAACACAAUGAGACAGGUGGAAUCAGUUCCUGAGCUCAAACCGGUGACAAAAAAAAUUAAGCCACGUCGUCGGAUCUGAUUGAUCUCAACUUGUUUCAAUUUAUAUCUUGUUUUUAUUACAUAUAUGUGUAACUAUUAAAAUGAGCUGGAAAUU